AUGGCGUCCGUCACGUCGCUGGACAAGGACCUGCGCAAGAUGCGCCUGGACAAGUACACCCCCGAGGCCGCCAAGGAAGCCCGUUCGUGGGUCGAGGAGGCGCUUGGGGAAAAGCUGCCGUCUUCAGAUUUACUGGAGGGCCUGAAGGAUGGCGUUGCUCUGUGCAAGCUCGUCAACCUUGCGACCCCUCCGCCGGGCAUCAGGUUCAAGAAGUCCUCCAUGCCCUUCGUGCAGAUGGAGAACAUCUCCCACUUCCUGCGCGCGUGCCAGUCCCCGCCGCUCAGCCUGCACCAGCACGACACCUUUCUCACCGUCGACCUCUAUGAGCAGAAGGAUCCCGCCCAGGUGCUCCAGUGCCUCGGCGCCUUCAGCAGAGCCGCGCACGACGCCAACCCGGGCCGCUUUCCGGACCCCAUCGGCCCCAAGCCCCGCGCCGCCGGCCUCAUCAGCCCCCAGGUAUCCGGCUAUGCGCCGCAGACUGGCCUCCGCGGCCGUGGCGCCUCCGUCACCAGCAACUCGUCCUCCGCCUACAGCUCCAAGCCGGUGCUUCCCCGCAGGGCCGAUGGCGACACAACUCCCACCGGCAGGCGCAGUCCGACCAAGAGCCCGACCUUUGCGAAUCCCGCCGCGUCUCCCGGCCCCGUUAGCAGCUGGAGCAAGCGGGAACACGAGGGAUCCACCGCGCCGGCAUGGAACAUCGCUCAGUACGGGUACAUGGGAGGUGCCAGUCAGGGGAAUCUGGGCAUUUCGUUUGGCGGCCUGCGACAGAUCACGAGUGCCGGCCCGCACGUGCCCAGCCUGGCCGACAAGGAGCGACGGCGAAGGGAAGACGCCGAGAGACAGGAGGAAGAGGAGCGCCAGCGAAGGGCACAGCAGGAGGCCCGGGAGGAGGAGGAGGCCCGGCGGGAGGAGGAACGCAGAUGGGAGGCCGAGGCGCAAAGGCUCCGUGAGGAAGAGCGUCGCAAAGCCGCAGAGGAGAAGCGCAGGUGGGAGGAACAAGAACGGCAGUGGAGACUGACCGAGGAGAAGCGCCGCAGGGAGGAGGAAGAGGCCGAGGCGAGACUGGAGGAAGAACGGAAACGAGCCAAGAGCCGCGGCGACGCCAGACUGCAGGGCCAGUCUCUGACCCAGCACCAGGCCGAACAGGCCGCGGCCGACGGUGGCAACAGCCGCAGCCAGAAGCUCGAGGAGCAGCUGGCGCGAGCACGCCAGCGCGAAGCAGAGUACGAGCGCGAGCGCCAAACACGCAGCGCCAGCAGACCCGUCGGUGACGUCGUCCCCGACAAAGCCAGGUCCAGGAGCCGGAACCGCGGCACCUCGUCGCCGCCCUCUCCGUCCACGCCGUCCACGCCGUCCGCCGUGGGACCCCAGCGCCCACAGAACCGCUACGAAUCAUGGACCAAGGACGACGAGCGGGACUACCUGCAUAACCAGUGGUCCCAACACCGGCAGGACUCGGGAGGACCAACUGUCGAGGCCCGGCGCGCAGAAUCCGUCGGCGCCGAGGCCACCCCUUCCCUCGCCUCAGCCCCCCGGCCCCUCCCCGAUCCCAACGUCACUCCCAAACCCAGGCCGCCGCUUGACAAAUCCCCCAUCUCGAGCCGCAGCGGCAGCAGCAGCCGCCGACCGCUCCCCGACCCCAAGACGUACGCGGCCCCUGCCUCGGCGUCGUCGCCUCGAAACCGAACAGACUUAAGCCCGGCCUCCAAUGCCCCUCCGCAGCAGGCGAAACCUCGCCCCACGUAUUCCCGCGAGCUGGGUGCCACGGAGGAGCGAGACGGCGAGGACCGCCGCCGCGCGCAGAGCCAGACGCAGACGGGGGCGGCCGGCCGGGCGUCCAAGUCGCUUCUCGAGCGGGAGAUGGAACUGGAGCGCCAGCGCCAGCGGGAGUGGGAAGAAGCGCAGAGGGAGACGGCCAGUGCCGUCCGCUCGGGAGACGGCGUAGAGGGCAUCGGCGGCGGCAUCGGCGGCAGGUGGGAUCUGGGUCAAUGGAGCGGUUACACGGGGGGCGAUUCGCAGAACAGGGGCUCCCAGGGCAUCGGCUCAGGGCGGAGGCAGAUUGUCGGGCCGCGGCCCCUGCCCGGCCCCGGGAGGUGA